GGAGACGGCGCAGCCUGGGCCGGGCCGGAGCCGCCUGUCUGAGGGCCGCGACGGGUUCCGACGGCCGCAGCCAUGGCACCCAAGAAGAAAGGGAAGAAAGGGAAAACCAAAGGUGCCCCGAUUGUUGACGGGCUUGCGCCAGAGGACAUGAGCAAGGAGCAGGUGGAGGAGCACGUUGGCCGCAUCCGUGAGGAGCUGGACCGUGAGCGCGAGGAGCGCAACUACUUCCAGCUGGAGCGGGACAAGAUCCACACCUUCUGGGAGAUCACGCGGAGGCAGCUGGAGGAGAAGAAGGCCGAGCUGCGGAACAAAGACCGGGAGAUGGAGGAGGCUGAAGAGAGGCACCAGGUUGAGAUCAAGGUGUACAAGCAGAAGGUGAAGCACCUGCUGUAUGAGCAUCAGAACAACCUGACGGAGAUGAAGGCUGAGGGCACUGUGGUCAUGAAGCUGGCGCAGAAGGAGCACCGCACACAGGAGGGAGCAUUGCGCAAGGACAUGCGGGCGCUGAAGGUGGAGCUCAGGGAGCAGGAGCUGGCCAACGAGGUGGUGGUGAAGAACCUGCGGCUGAAGCACACCGAGGAGAUCACCAAGAUGCGGAAUGACUUUGAGAGGCAGGUGCGAGAAAUUGAGGCCAAGUACGACAAAAAGAUGAAGAUGCUUAGGGACGAGCUUGACCUGCGGAGAAAGACCGAGAUCCAUGAGGUGGAGGAGAGGAAGAACGGCCAGAUCAACAUGCUGAUGCAGCGGCAUGAGGAAGCCUUUACGGACAUCAAGAACUACUACAACGACAUCACCCUCAACAACCUGGCGCUCAUCAACUCCCUCAAGGAGCAGAUGGAAGACAUGCGCAAGAAGGAGGACCACUUGGAGAAGGAGAUGAUGGAGGUGUCCGUGCAGAACCGGCGCCUGGCAGACCCCCUCCAGAAGGCUCGUGAUGACAUGAAUGAGAUGCAGAAGAAGCUGGGCAGCUACGAGAGGGACAAGCAGAUCCUGCUGCGCACAAAAGCACGUUUGAAGGUCGCGGAGAAGGAGCUGAAGGACCUACAGUGGGAACACGAGGUGCUCGAGCAGCGGUUUGUCAAGGUGCAGCAGGAGCGGGACGAGCUGUACAGGAAGUUCACGGCGGCCAUCCUAGAGGUGCAGCAGAAGGUGGGCUUCAAGAACCUGGUUCUGGAGCGGAAGAUGCAGGCGCUGAGUGCUGCUGUGGAGAAGAAGGAGGCCCAGUUCAAUGAGGUGCUGGCAGCCUCCAACCUGGACCCCGCGGCGCUGACCCUCGUGUCCCGCAAGCUGGAGGACGUCCUAGAAUCAAAGAACAGCACCAUCAAGGACUUGCAGUAUGAGCUGGCCCGGGUCUGCAAGGUACCAGGAGCCCCCUGCCCCUCUCUCAGGGCCCCACCUUGUCUACACCUUGGAGGUACACAUAGCCCGAGGCUGUCUGGGCCUUCUCAGGUCACUCAGUGUGUGGCCUGGGCUGCAUCCCCACAACUCUAGCCACUGUCCUGGUGUCCCUUCCGGGGCCUGCUCAGUGGAUAUCUGGCCCACAACGACCUGCUGCGCACCUACGAGGCGAAGCUCCUGGCCUUUGGGAUCCCUCUGGACAACGUGGGCUUCAAGCCUCUGGAGACAGCUGUGAUCGGGCAGACGCUGGGCCAGGGCCCCGCAGGACUCGUG